GUCGUCUUAUAUUGUGGCCUCAGUAAGCAGCAGUCGCCAUCUUGUGGCUAUACCUUUGAUGACCGAAAUAUACUUGUGCCUUUUCACUCUUAAUGUGCCUUUCUGAGCUCAGUAUAUCAUGCAUUUUUAUUUUUUAAUUCAGGGUUUUGCCCAUACUUUUAAGUGAAUAUAAAAUUACUGACGCUUAUAAAUCAGCAUGAAAGCCCUUGUCAAAUUUUUUCAGACUUGCAAAUUCUGUUUUAACAGUUUUCCAUUGUUUGCUUGAUUCAUGAUGUGUAAUAUAAUAGUAUAUUUAUAUCUUUAAAGAUCUAUCCAUUCUAUACUGCUUAUAGAAUUAGUGUCUGAAGGUGAGAGGUGAGGUGAGCCUCGACUGAUCGUCAGCCAGUCGCAGGCACCUACAAACAAACAUUCAUUUAUGCUUAUAUUCACAUCUACGCACAAUUUAGAAUUACAAUUAACACAAAAAACAUAUUUUUGCAAUUGUGGAGGAGGCCAGAGUACAUACAACGCGCAAAUGAUAAUUAAUCCAGUCACUUAUGACCUUUAAUUUCAACACGUACUUGUGCAGAGGUAACACUUAAGCGAUGUAAUCUUUCAUAUACUAAACUAAUAUUUCAACGAUCACAUACAAUGUUACAGCUUGUAACAUUGUAAUCGCUGACCAUUCCUUACCGUGAGUAUGUGGUGGCCAGUUGGAUUCUGACUGCAACGACGAGACUAGGCAUGCAGGAUACCACCCCACCACUCAAACCGACCCCAUUGCCCACCUAUCAGCUACACCCAUGAUUCCAGGUUCUUGUUUCUAUCUAUAAGUGAUGUUGAGUCUGCAGACCUUUUUUUCAGGGCUUGACAACUUGACAAGAGUUUGUAUUUCACUGAAAUUAACGUCACCGUCUUCCCGCAACUUCAGCAUGAUUACCCAGCAACUUUUAUUCACAGCAGCCUUUCUCUGUGCUUUUAACCUCACCGGAGCCGUAUACCGUCCCAGCUGCCUCACCCGGUGCGACCCGAACUCCUGUCCAAGCCCCAUUUCUACAGCUGGAUACGUCCUUGACCGAUGCAACUGCUGCAAGGUAUGCGCACCUGGAGAGGGCGAGGACGACCCCUGCAGCCGCAAUCCUUGUAAGGACGGCAUGGUGUGCGUGCGACAGGGCUCCAAGGGGAUCUGCCGCUGUAAGGUGGGAUAUAUGGUGUGUGGGAGCGACGGGAAAACGUAUGGAAAUGUUUACAAGAUGAGAACAGCCAACCGCAAGAGGAAAGGGAAACCCGCAGUCCACCAAGUGCACAAAGGAAAUUGUGCUCUUUCAAGUGCAGGUACCAGCAGCCCCCGCUACAAAUUCAACUUCAUCGCUGAUGUUGUGGAGCAAAUAGCACCAGCCGUUGUCCAUAUUGAAUUGCUCCUAAGACAUCCUCUCUUUGGCCACCACAUGCAUCUUUCCAGUGGCUCGGGUUUCAUUGUGACCCACUCUGGCUUGAUAAUAACCAAUGCUCAUGUGAUAACUACCAGUGCCGUGGUGAUGGGUCAACUCCAGUUGCAUGUUCAGCUCCAUGAUGGCAGCGUGUAUGAGGCUGUGGUCAGAGACGUAGACAGGAAGGCUGACAUUGCCACCAUCAAGGUCAACCCUCAGAAGAAGCUCCCUGCGCUGCCUCUGGGUCGGUCAGCUGAUCUCAGACCAGGUGAGUUUGUGGUGGCCAUAGGCAGCCCCUUUGCCCUGCAGAACACAGUCACCACUGGCAUCGUCAGCACAGCACAGAGAGAUGGCAAGGAACUGGGCAUCCACGACUCUGACAUCGACUACAUCCAGACAGACGCCAUCAUUAAUUAUGGAAAUUCUGGAGGACCCCUUGUUAACUUGGAUGGCGAGGUGAUAGGCAUCAACACUUUAAAAGUGACAGCGGGCAUCUCCUUUGCCAUACCCUCGGACCGAAUCAGGCGUUUUCUUGCGGAGUCAGAGAUUAAAUAUUCCAAUGAAUUUGGGUCAAAUUCUGAGGAGAGUCAAGAUCCCACUACACCUUCAAAUGGCUUGACAGAGAUGGCAGCGUCAGAAGCAGGAGUACUUGGAGGGAAGAGACGUUUAUUGGGCAUUACAGUGCUUACAAUUACCUAAGUGUGAAGAUACCGAUACUGUAUACGGUGAUGCCAUACGUGUAUUGGACUAUAUGCUGUUUUUUUUACUUUGACAUUUCCUGGAAACACAACAAAAAGAACAGGAUGUUAUAUAUUUUUUGUACUAGUGGACUUUGUAGCAUUAGUGCUGCGUGUUUGCUUGCUUCAGUCUCGCAGUAGCACGGCAAUAUCACAAGUUGGAUUUUCCUGACGUCAGCAGAGGUGUUAUGGUCCAACAAGUCAUUAUGCAAUCAGAAAAGUUUGUUCACACUCACAUGCACAUAUCAAAGAAAAGACACACACAAGUUGGAAUUCACCUUGCUGAGCAGCAUUUCAAAUGUAGCUUCACCUACUUUAGGGAUGUCACAUUGUUAGGUGCCAUAAUGGUGGUAUGAUGUAUAAUCGCGAGCGAAUAAGUUCAAAUUCCGGUUCAGGCUUUCCUGUGUGGAAUUUGCUUAUUCCCAUUAUGCUUUGCGGAUUUUCUCCAUGUACUUCCUCCCACAUUCCAACAUGCAUCUUAGGUUCAUUCAAGAUUCAAAAUUGCUCAUUGGUGUCAGGGUUAAUGGUUGUUUGUCUACUGUAUACUACUGCCGACUAGUCCAGUUUGUUCCUUACUUCUUUGCCCCAAAUCAACCCUCAACCCAAAUGAGGACAAGCGCUAUUGAAAAUGGAUGGAUAGAUAUUGAAAGUGUACGAACUCAGAUGUAUGUGUAAACAAAAAGGGGAAAGGUUUUUAAUUGUGAAGUUGAAUGGUCAAGCACUACAAAACAAGGAGGACAUCUAUGAGUGCCUUUGUAUGAUGCCAAGGUUAAAUAAUAUUUAUAACGAUGCAUGGUUAAAAAAUGAUGAGUAUUUUUUUUUUUGUUUGCAAUGCAUGCUUUGUUUUUUAAUAAAUACAUCUUCCAAAGGACAAUGUUUACUGUCCGUGGAAAUGAAACCACAGCUGCACAU